AUGAUUGGAUAUUCUUUGGAUUGGGCAUCGCAAACUGCUUCCUAUACAACUCUCAGACUCCUCCGUUUCAUCUACCUCUAUACUCGCCCAUCACCCAUAAAGCGAUACCUCUACGGGGACUGCCGUAGAAUUCUGGUAACAGGAGCCAGUGAUGGCAUCGGUCUUGGCAUCGCCUCAGAACUUGCCACCAAUGGUUUCAACGUCAUUCUGCACGGCAGAAACCCCGAAAAGCUCGAGAAGACCAAAACCCAGCUCGAGGGCGAACACAAAAACAUUCAAUUCAAAGCCGCCGUACUCGAUGACGCCUCGGCUACAAGUCAGCAAAUUGAUGACUUCGUAGCCAACCUCGACGGUCUCAAUCUCACCAUCCUCGUCAACAACGUCGGCGGCGGCGCCAAAGUCCAGCCUCUGGAAAAGAACACAGCGGAAGAGCUCGGUUUCUUGAUCAAUGUCGACGAGAUCGGACGGCCCAACCCUCAUCAUGAACAUCGGCUCGCCGACUCCGGCGUCCCUUAUGCGACGGUAUACGGCGGGUCCAAAGCCUUCAAUGAGGCGAUGAGCAGCUCGCUCGCUGUGGAAUUCAAAGCCGAAGGCAAAAACAUCGAAGUCCCCGCCAUCCCGGUCGGACGAGUUACCGAUGUGGCUCACUCCAAGGAGCCUUCUUCUUUCUUCACGCCUACGGCGAGGACGAUGGCCAGAAGCUGUGGGGAUCGUGUAGGCAGUGGGCGGCAGGUCGUUGUGGGGUAUGUCGGUCAUGCCAUGCAGAAAUUUGCGAUUGAUUCGUUACCCUCGAUCGUGUUCGAAAUGUUAGUGGUUCCUACUAUGAAGGAUAGGAACGAGGAGGAAGAAAGGAAGAAACUCUAA